AGUGAGUAAUGCAAGAACUCCAGCUCGAAUUCGCAUCUCGUCUACGAAAUGCCAGAACCCCAGUUCAAGCCAGGGAAGUUCACAGAGAACUCGAGACCAGUCCUGUACGAGGUGACACAUUCCUUGCAAAUCUAACAGUCCAAAUGUACGGCCGUGUCAGAUGCCUCGAAGAUGCUUGCCAGACAUUCCACGGUAUCGAGCAUCCAAACCUCUUCUCGUGGAAUAUCAUGGCUUCGGCAUAUGCCGUAAAUGGGCAUCUUGAAGAAUCUUUACAGACCCUCUUGAGCAUGCCGGAGAAGAAUCUUGUGUCCUGGAAUACAAUUCUAGCUGCGCUACUGAAGCUCAAUCAACUCGAUCAAGUAAAGUCUGUCUUUGAUCAAAUGUUUGAAUGGGACACUGUCUCAUGGACUUGCCUUGUUCAGGCAUUUGCCAAACGAGGGGAUUUUGAUGAAGCCAAGCGCGCGUUCGAUUCCAUGCCCGAGAAGAACCUGGUGACGUGGAAUGCCAUGCUGGCGGCUUACGUCUCGCGUGGGCACAUCGACGCCGUGGAUCUGUUGGGGAUUCCAGGUUGGAAUCGCCAGACCUGGACGCUUCUCCUCAAUGGCCGUCUGGACGAGGGGAAUCUGGGCGAAUGCCAGCGUCUCUUUCAGUCGAUGCCCGAGCACGACAUCGUUUCAUGCACGGCGAUUCUCCGGGUUUUCGCCCAGCUGGGCGAUCCAGGCCGAGCGAAAUCGCUGUUUGAUUCGAUCCCCCAGACGGAUCUUCUCGCGUGGACGGCUUUGCUUCAGGCAUACGCGCAAAACGGGCAACCCGAGCGCGCCAGUAAGAUCUUCUCGUCGAUGCCCGAGUGGAGCGUCGUGUCAUUCAAUGCGAUGCUCACAGCGCUUGGGACGAGCGGCAGUCUCGCAAAGGCGGAGGGGUUCUUUGAUCGGAUGCCCGAGAGAGAUCACGCAACCUGGACAACAAUGAUCCAGACGCUCGCUCGCGCUGGGCAAUUUCGAUCCGCGAAAGAUCUCUUCUAUCGAAUGCCCGAGUGGGAUUCUAGAUCCUGGGACGCGCUUCUCCAGGCGCUCUUCUUGGCGGGAGAGGUCAAACAGGCGAGGGUAGCAUUUGACUCUUUGGGAACAAAAGAUGCCUCGACGUGGAACGCGAUGCUAACCGAAUAUGCCCAGGCCGGGCAUCUGGAAGAUGCCAAGCAUCUGUUUGACACAAUGCCAGAACACAGCACUGUGUCGUGGAAUCUUCUUAUCCUUGCCUGCCACCGGGGCGGCCACGUGGAAAGCGCGCGGAGCCUGUUCCAGAAGCAGCCGGACAAAGACGUGGUGACGUGGACGACGCUGGUCGCGAUGAAUGCCGAGCUGGGGGACGCGCAAGAGGCGGCAGCGCUCUUCCGGCAAAUGCCGCAGCGGAAUAUCCUAUCCUGGAACGCACUGCUGGCGGCAUUUGCGUCGCUGGAUUGGCAUCUCGUGAAGAUGCUAUUUGAUGCCAUGCCUGAGGUGGACGUGGUCUCGUGGACAACGCUGGUCCACGCGUACGUGUUAUCUGGGAAGAUUGUUAAUGCCACGCGGACGUUUGGGAGGAUACCACCGGGCCAGAAGAACUUGGUGACCUGGAACACCAUCGUGGCAGGGCACGCCCGGUUUGGGUCCAGCCGGGAGAGUUUUAAAAUGCGGGUGGAGGGAAUCGAGCCCGACCAGAGCUCUUUCGUGAGUAGCCUCAUUGCGUGCAACCAUUUGGGGCUGCUAGCGGCGGCUAGGGAUAGCUUCGUGUCGAUGCGCGGGGAUUAUGGCUUGGCGCCGCGGAAGGAGCACCUCUGGCUCAUGAUCGAUGCGCUCUCCCGAGCCGGAGAAUCGGAGGAGGCGCGAGAGCUCCUCCAGAUCGUGGCUGGCCAAGGGUUGAGCAAGAAAUUCUAUACUCUUGUUUCUUGCAGGUGAUAUAAGUCUGACGCAGUACUUUCGUAUUCCUUGCGAUCUUCUCUAGAUAUCACAACGAUUUUUUCGAGCUACAUAUCCUGAGGUAAAACUUAUCUAUUCUUUUGUAGGUAGAGUUCUAGAUCUAUCACAAGGAUUUUCUCGAGCUACAUAUCCUCCAUUGCGUUUGAGCGUAAAGUUUUCUAUUUCUUUGUAGGUGGAAAUCUAACUAUGAGUAACCACUUUCAUAUUCUUUUGCGAUCUUCACUAGAUAUCACAAGGAGUUUCUCGUUGAGGACAUGAGCCAGCAUCACAUCAACGAAGUAAAAAUGGCCAACUCUGUCAAACCAAGGUGCCAGCACAGGCUUUAUGCCAUAGUGUCCACCAUCGCUACAGCAGAAAUCGUAGUGCCACGGGAAGGUCAUGUCGUAAUCGUCUACAAACAUCAGCUGGUUCUCCAGGCUAUGCAGCUGCUUUUGGAACUCGUUGCUCAGUAUGGAGUUGAAGACUUCUAUCUUCUGGGGAUUGGAGGGGUCACUUCUUUUGAUUGCGGCGAGGGUGAUCGUGUUGCGGAUCACGACACGAGUGCUGCUCUUGUUUUCCAGCAGUGACCUCCAGAAAGCCGAAGCAGUCUUAACUGCUGUGGCAAAGUGAUGAACCUUUUUCCAUGCGUGCCCGUCGUGGAUGCCCGAGUUUAUGAUCACUGCGUCCGGAGCUCGACCACGAAAGAAUUCGUUCUUGACCAGAUCACGAUAUGCCGGUACGUAGAGCGAGCCUAGACCCAGAUUGGAUGGAUUGGUGACGUUGGCCAUGAAGAUCCGUUCUAUGUAUUCCUGCUUCAGACCAAGAACAAAGUUCAUGAGGUUC